CCCUACAACAUCAACCACCCAAGCCGUGGAGACCCACAACACAAGGGGGGUCAAGCAUGACAUCACGCAAGGGGGUCAUGCAUGACACCGUCCAAGGGGGUCAAGCACAAGGGGGGUCAUGCAUGACAUCAUCCCAAGGGGGUCAUGCAUGACACCGUCCAAGGGGGUCAAGCACAAGGGGGGUCAUGCAUGACAUCAUCCCAAGGGGGUCAAGCAUGAUACCAUCCAAGGCGAGUGAAGUAUGACGAGACGCGAGCUAGCUGUGGUAGCAAAGAAAGCCAAAUUUGGCUAAGUGUUGAGACCCACAGCACAAGGGGGGUCAUGCAUGACAUCGUCAUGAUGUUGAGGUGAAAAUUGGCUAAGUAUGGAGAUCCAACCGUCCAAGGGGGGUCAUGCAUGACUUCGUCCAGGGGGUCUCGUCCAAGGGGGUCUCGUCAAGGCAGUCAAGCAUGACACCGUGCAAGGAGGGUCAAGCAUGAUACCAUCCAAGGGGGUCUAGCCGCCUACCAGGUAUCAAAGCGUGUGCCAAGGCGACAAGGAUCAACAACAACACGACUCGGCAUCGAGGCCAUCAAGUACCCACCAGCACAAGACGGGACAAGGGCCCCAAGGUGACAGUUACCAACUAGUCACCAAGGCGGCGACAAGGACCCCGAGGCGGUUUGGAGCAGCAAGCCAGCUAGCAGUUACAAAGGCAGUUACCAGGCAAUUACACUCGAUGUCUAUAAAUAGGAGAAACUAAAAUUGUAAACGGGUUCCACAACCAAACAUUUGACAACACAUGUCAAAAUUUAUCUUUUCUCUACAACUUGCCUUUUAGUUUUUCGGAGCUCUCACCGAACCUGAGCUCUCACCGAACCUCCAUAGGAGUAGAGUAACGUAGCUUGUUCCCAAAAAACCAUCAAAAACAUUAAACACCCUCGUUCGAACAUUGUUCGGAGAGGAGUGAACCGUGUUAUUAAUCGUUGUUCAAGAAGUCAAGGUGCAUUUAUUGAGUUCAAACACCAAUUUUUCCUCGCCGGAAAACACUAUGUACAGGCUUGCUCUUCUUUCAAGCAGCCAGUCGAGCCAGCCCUGCAAAAAUAUCACACAAUGUAGAUUGGAGAGCACAUUUCUUCUUCUUCCUCCUUCCUUUUUAAGCUGAAUUCAAUGAUGAAAAAAUGGCAAAGUGAGAGGAGGAAGAGAGAGAAAAUCAUUGAAAGCCCUAAUUUUUAUCAAAAAACAACCUUCCAUCCCUCGAUAAUUUUCAAGACCUUUCGAUUUCCCACUUUUUACAUUUCCUCUGCAUUUGUCGCAGUGAGAAGAGAGAGAGAGGGAGGGGGCAUUUCUCCCUCUCUCUAGGUAGCCUUUAAUAUCAUGGAUGGUGGUGGCCGAUCAGCGCCUACUCCUCAAACUUCCCCAUGGUCGUCGUUUCAGCAUUUUAACCUCUGGCCCAAAUUCUCCAUGUAAUUUUGUUAACCCAUUUCCCCCUUUUCUCUCUUUUCUUUCUUUCUCUUUCCUCUUCUUCCCUCUUCAGUUCUGUUUGGGGUUGAGGGGAAAAAAGAAGAAAAAAAAAAAAUAACGAAAACAAACAAUGACCUUUGAUCAAACAUUGUUCAUACAGCAGCAGCGUACUAGCUUGAUUGCAUGUUUGUCUUCCAACUGCCAUUCUUUGGCAACAAUGGUUCUUCUCGAGAGCCAGCCAAAGAAGGCAUCCAAGACAAAGGGCCGCAGCCUAUCACAGGAAGAAGAAGUCGAGCUGGCUUCUCCGACUCCUUUCAAGAUCUUGACGUGGGAUCUUUAAUUGUUGACGACCACAACGAAGACAAAGAUAAAGCUCAGCAGCAGGCAGAGUCCUCCUCCUCCUCCUCCCCAAAGAAAGUAGCGUCAGGAGCUGGUGUGGUUACCCGGCUAGAACCAAUCGUGGUUCCCCGGCUAGAACCCACAGGAAGUCCCAAAGGUAACCCUGCCACCCCGCCGACCAACAAAGCAUCACCAUCAACAGCCAUUGUUGCUGCUUCUGAUCAGCCACCCCAACUUCCCAACACCUCUGCCCCGGACGCACUUUCCAUAGUUCCUUUAGUCUGGCGUGAUUUUUGCAAGGUGUUCAAGAAGGGCCCCACCCCAUUGAUAAAAAAACAGAACAUCCCGAGUCUGAAAAAAGCUGUCCCUAAGCUCACCAGAAGGAAGAGCAAAAGGAUUCGAGACGGCAUGGUCCCACCAUUGAGUUCCCCUCUCGAUGCUGAACUUUGUUACCUCAAACCUUCAUGGAAGAAUUUCGCUCUCUGGGAGUUGCUUGCUGCCACCGACAAUUAUAGUCGGGAUAACUUGAUUGGAGAAGGAGGGUAUGCGGAGGUUUACAAAGGGAAAUUGGCUGACGGGCAGUUCGUUGCCAUAAAAAGACUAGUCAGAGGCAAUUCACCGGAAGAGAUGACCAUGGAUUUUUUAUCUGAGCUCGGGAUUAUCUGCCAUGUUGACCACCCCAAUAUUGCUAAAUUAAUUGGGUAUGGUGUUGAAGGGGGAAUGCACCUUGUUCUUCAGCUGUCCAUCAAUGGAAGCGUCUCAUCUUUACUCUACGGACCAAGGGAAAAGUUGAGCUGGCCGAUUAGAUACAAGAUUGCUGCAGGAACGGCUGAGGGGCUUUUGUACCUUCAUGAGGGUUGUCAGAGGAGAAUUAUCCAUAAAGAUAUCAAGGCUGCUAAUAUUUUGCUCACAGAAGAUUUCGAACCUCAGAUUUCAGAUUUUGGGUUAGCAAGAUGGUUACCAGAGAACUGGACGCAUCACACUGUAUCAAAAAUUGAAGGAACCUUUGGUUACCUUCCUCCCGAGUUCUUCAUGCAUGGGAUAGUAGAUGAGAAAACAGAUGUUUUUGCUUAUGGGGUUUUAUUACUAGAGCUCAUCACAGGAAGACAAGCCAUUGACAGUUCACAACAAAGCCUCGUGAUGUGGGCUAAACCAUUACUUAUGCAAAACAAGAUCAGUGACUUGGUAGACCCGGUCCUGGGUGACUCAUACAACAUGGAACAGAUGGAGCGUGUCGUUUGUCUAGCUGCAAUGUGUGUUGAACAGGCCUCGGUUCAGAGGCCACAGAUGAGCCAGGCAGUGGAGAUUCUGAGCGGUGAUGGGAGCACAUUAGAGGAAGUGAGACGAAGACAGAAGUCCAAGCUCCAAAGAACAUACUCUGAGGAGCUUUUCGAUGCAGACGAGUACAAUUCGACGAGGUACUUGAGUAAUCUCAACAUACAUUUGGAGGAUCUCUUGGAACCGGAUGAUAGCAUUAACGAUUAUCCUAACAAUGAUGAUGAUGAUGAUGAUGAUGAUGCUUUUGUCGAGGCUUCUGAAUAUGUCAAGUCGCCAUCAGAACACGAAGAGGAGAACUCAACCAACCAUGAGGAUGGUGAUGUAGAGAAGUUGUCGGAGGAGAAAUCGAUAGAUGGUGACAAAGGGAAAUCCAAUGAUGUGGAUGAUAAAAAAGAAUGAGAACUAAAAAGAUAGAAGGGAGUGUUUUUCUUAUUGUUUAAGUACUUGUCGUAGAAGAAGAUCACAUCUCAGACAUUUUUCUUGGGAAGUAAGUACUUUCAGGAACGAAGCUCGGGGGAUAACGGCAUGGUGGAGAAAGGAACUCCAUAUUGUACAAAGAGAGAGAGAGAGAGAGAGAGCGAAAGAGGAAGAAAACAAAAGAUUUCAAACUACACUAGAGUAGCUUGAACGAGAAACUUAUGAAAUUGUACAUGGAAAAAAAAAAAAAAGACUAGUUUGGAAAACCCCACAAAAACAAUGGAAGAUUGGUUGGGUUAUGCUACUGCUAUAUUUAAACAGUCUAUUGAUUAAAUAGACUUCACAUUGGCAUCGGGGACCAUAUAAAGGCACAUAUGAUUA